AUGACGGAAGUUCCACCAGAGCUUUUGCAGGCAUUAACGAAUAUGCUAACUAGCGCAUUGCAAACGUCGGCAGCGAAUAUAACAGCCGGCACUUCCACAAAUCUCUCGGGAUCGACAUCGACAGGUCAGGCGAAGAUACCGACAUUUUCCAUGACCGAGUAUCGCUCUUCGGAAGAUACCACCGUAGAGGACUACUUCAAACGCUUUAAAUGGGCUCUGCAGUUAAGUAAAAUCCCAGAUGAUUUAUAUUCUAAUUACGCAUGUGUUCAUAUGGGCACGGAACUAAAUAAUGCGUUAAAAUUUCUGAUUUGUCCACGGCAACCCGAAGAUUUAACAUACGAGGAAAUUAAAACAACGCUUAUCAAUCACUAUGACCGCGCAAAGAAUAAGUAUGCCGAAAGCAUUAAAUUCCGACACAUAGUACAACAAAAAGGCGAAACAGUCGCUAAUUUUGUUCUACGUCUGAAACAGGGCGCCGCUCACUGCGAAUAUGGUACAUUUUUAGAUAGAAUGCUGAUCGAACAAAUGCUACAUGGUCUUGAAUCCAGAGAAAUGUGUGACGAAAUCAUUGCGAAGAAGCCAACUACAUUCACAGAAGCGUACGAGGUCGCUAACGCGUUGGAAGCAACACGUUGCACGGCGGACGAAGUCAAAAAAACAGGAUCUACAGCCACAUCAGAGCAGACAAAUAAAAUAGGUUAUACGCCAAAUAGAACAAAACAAGGUCACAUUGCGAAGGUUUGCCGAUCGAAGACUGUAACACAAUCCACUGCGCUAGUACCGACAACAGCAACACAAGUUGCAGAGCAACCAGCUGAACAAGUCGACAGACUACAUCAGUUAAGUAAGGUAUGCGAAGUCAACGCAAUUAAUCCACUGAGUAAGUUAAUGCUAGACGUGGAAAUCGAUGGUCAUAUUAUUCAAAUGGAACUCGAUUCCGGAGCACCUUGCAGUAUUAUCAGUAAAAAAGCAUUACAAUCAAUCAAACCGAAGUUUACGUUACAAAAUACAGACAGACAAUUUGUAAGUUACACAGGUCAUUAUAUCAAAUGUAUUGGUUCAAUUCCGGUUAAUGUUACAAUGGGCUCCACUACAAAGAAAUUAAAUCUUUAUGUCAUUGAUGGCCAGUUGGAUACACUAUUUGGACGUGAAUGGAUUUCUCACUUUACAAAGGAAAUUAACUUUACUAAACUAUUUUCGAGUAAAAUCCAUGCAUUAACUACUGCAUCUCCGCAAUUGUCUCCAAAUCAGAAGGAGCAAUUAGACCAAUUACUUUAUCGCUACAAAGAUAUUUUUAGUGAUGUCGGCGGAACGCUUAAAGGUCCACCGGCCACAGUACAUUUCAAACCAAAUACGGCACCGGUAUUUACUCGUGCACGUGAAGUGCCAUUAGCCUUACGCAACGCUUAUGCAGAGGCAAUAGAAGAAAAGAUUGCAGCGGGAUUCUACGAGAGAGUUGAACAUUCUGAAUGGGCAUCGUCAACGCAUAUUGUGGCAAAAAAGAACGGGAAGCUACGCAUCACCGGAAACUACAAACCAACUCUGAAUCCGCGCAUGAUUAUCGAUGAACAUCCGAUUCCAAAGGUUGAACAUCUUUUUAGCAAGAUGAAGAAUGCGAAGAUCUUUUGUCGUCUAGACAUUACUGACGCAUACACGCAUAUACCAGUCGACGAGAAGUUUAGGCAAGCACUGACACUCAACACGCCUACUCACGGGCUAAUCCGUCCUAAAAGAGCAGUCUACGGAGCAGCUAAUAUACCUGCAAUUUGGCAACGUCGGAUGGAGGCAGUGUUCCAGGGCAUUCCGAAUGUACUCACUUUCUACGACGACAUCUUAGUACUUGCAGACAGUUUCGACAACCUGAUGUCCGUUCUCGACACUACGUUGGAACGAUUAAGAGCACACUGUCUUCGACUUAAUAGAUCUAAAUGUAUAUUCGCCUCAUCGUCAGUUGAAUUUUUAGGACAUAGGAUAGAUGAGCAGGGCAUUCAUAAAUCGGACAGGCAUAUCGAAGCGAUACGCGAUGCUUCCAAACCGUCGACUCCAGAAGAGUUACAACUAUUCUUAGGUAAAGCAACUUAUUACAAUUCUUUUAUUCCUAAUCUGGCAACGAGAAGCCGUCCACUUAGAGAUAUGUUGUUAUCGGAUCCGUUCACAUGGACGCAAUCAGCCAAGGUAGCUUAUGAGGAUAUUAAACAAACUCUUAUUUCGCCGCUAGUUCUUAUACCUUACGAUCCGUCACUACCAUUAGUUUUAGCAACCGACGCGAGUAAAAUAGGAUUAGGAGCGGUUCUAUCACAUAAGUUAAGUAAUGGACAAGAACGUCCAAUAGCUUACGCUAGCCGAACAUUGAAUUCUACUGAACAACGCUAUCCACAGAUAGACAAAGAAGCAUUGGCUAUCGUCUGGCCAACUAAAUUGAAUACUAAUGCCGAUUAUUGUUCUCGUAUACCACUGCCGUCCACAAUUAAUACUAUUCACAGGCUUCAAACGGAAGAUACUAAACUAUCUCAAGAAGAAGGAAAAAUAUACGAUGAGUUCGAUGAAUUUGUUUUAUGCCAAAUUCGACAACUUCCAGUUCGCGCAGAACAGAUAGCCAAGGAAACUUGCAGAGAUCCUCAUUUGGGCAAAAUUGUCAAGACUUUGGAAGCAGGUCAAGAUCUUGCUCGUGCAGGGUACAAAGCCCCAGAAGUUAAUUAUACACUAACGGCUAAUUGCUUGCUAUUCGAACACCGAAUAGUAGUACCAGACACACUGCAGCAGUCGAUUCUCAAUGACCUUCACGCAGCACAUGUGGGCAUUGUCAAGAUGAAAGGCAUGGCACGAUCAUUCGUAUACUGGCCCGAGAUCGACGCGGACAUUGAACGAGUCGCGAAAUCUUGUGCAGAAUGCGCCAAAGACGCACAUGCCCCCCCGAAGUUCAGAGAUCAUCAUUGGGAAUAUCCGAAGGAACCAUGGGAACGCAUUCAUAUUGACUAUGCAGGACCGGUGGAAGGUGUGAUGUUGCUUAUCAUCGUGGAUGCAUACAGUAAGUGGCUCGAGGUGAAGGUAACUACCUCGACGACCACAACAGCAACAAUUGCAACUCUAGAUGAAUUGUUCUCGAGAUAUGGCGUACCAGUUACUGUCGUCUCGGACAAUGGCCGCCAAUUUGUUUCCGCCGAAUUCGAAGCGUUCCUGCAGACGAGUGGUGUGAAGUACCACAAGCUGACCGCACCAUAUCAUCCCUCUAAUGGGCAAGCAGAACGUUACGUCCAAACGGUCAAGAACGCUCUAAAAGCAAUGUCUACUACGCAAAGUUCUAUACAACAGAACUUAAAUGAAUUCUUGCGCCAAUAA